GAGCUUUCCGUUCAAGUUGGCACGACUGACGCGCGACCGUUUUAGACUAACCGCUCUUCCAACCGCUCUCGUCGAACAUUUUAUUAAUUCCGACCGCUCUUCGAAGUUGUGUGGUUUUACUGUUUGAUCGGAGGCAAGCGUUAUUGCGACACAAAUAGCUGCAUGACAGCUGGCAGUCGAGACCAGCCAGCGCGAAGCGUCAAAUUUGAAAUGUAGCGGAUGACAGGCUAGGAACGACUGUGACGAAUACUUUGUUUUGCGCCCUUCAUGCACGUCGAUCCGCGGCUUCCGUCGAGAUGAGCGCGACGCAGGACGAGGACGAGCGUAGAAAACGCUCGGUGGAGGCUGGCAGAGAGAUAUUGGAGAAGUUCAAGGCACAGCGAUCAAGCAAGGACAAAGGUGGAAGUAUGGAGCAAAUGGAACAUUCUGAUGAUGAAUCGUUGCAUAAUGAGAAAUCCAUGCUGCACAAGGAAUCUGGGGUAACAGAAGGUGUAUCCUCAAGGGAUAUAACGCACAGCAGCGUUAGCAUUAGCGAGGGAGAGGCUGAUGCUGAUCUGGAGGGACUUGCAGGACGAGUCGCAGAACUUGAAGAGUUAUUGCAUGGAAAAGAAGCUAUAGUUGGGGCCUUAAAUGCUGAGAUUGAUCUUUUACGGGCAGAGACAUCCUCUCCAAACUCAUCGCAGAGUCAGAACAGCAGUAUACAUGGAAGGGAUAUUAUAUCUCAGUAUCACAUGAAGUUGCAAGAGUUUGAAAAGGCAGUGAAUAUGCGCGAUAAUCUAAUAGAACAUUUAACAUCAUCAUUGCAACAAGCAUUAUCUGCCAAGGAUACUGUAACAUCUCAGCUUAAUGCUCUGAACUCUAUGCAGUUGAACAAUCCUGUGAUAAACAAUAUGAACAUGCAGCAAAAGAUUGAUGCUUUAGAAACGACAAUGCACGAACAGGAAGCGGUAAUUCGUCGAUUAAACGCGCAUUUAACAGACAUUCGUAAGCACGUACAAACGUUAGAGAUGGAAAGGGAAACGCGAAAUGCAGAAAUCAACGAUUACAAAGUACAAAUAAAUAAUUUAAAUGAACAAAUUCGCAUUGGUGCUACAGAAAAAAAUCUAAAUAUUGAUGAAACAUUGGAGCAACAGAGACAAUAUGAGGCACGCAUUGAUAAAAUCAAACAGGACAUGCAGCAUGUCUUGAACAAAUUUACCAUGGUAACAAACACCAAUGCAGUACGCCAUCAGCAAGAAUUAAAAGAGUUAACUUCAAAAAAUGAAGCUGAAAUUAUAAAUUUAAAAGUCAAGCAUGAAGAAUGCAUGAAAGCAUUGAAGGAGGAAAACAAAAUGUUGGCCGAUCGUCUCAACAAGGAAUUGCCAGACUUAGAAAGCAGACAUGCCAAAGAAUUGUCCGUCUUUCAAAUGCAGUUAGUCCACUAUAAAAAAACUGUUGAAGCAUUAAAGCUAGAAUUGGUAAAUCACACAGAAUCGCAGAAUGCCGCUCAAUCAGAAGUUCAGAUGUACAAAAUAAAACUUGACAAAUUAAGGCUUGAAGCAGAAGAAGAACGACGUAUGCAAUUUAUAAAUUUCCAAAAAGAAAAGGAAUUGUUGAGCGAGCAGAUCAAACUGCACAAAAUUCAGUUAGAGGAGAUGACAUCGAAGCAUAUUACGUCGAUGAGCAUCUUGGAGUCCAAAGAGAGCAUCGAGCGAUCGCUGGAGCAAGCUUUAGCGAAUGCCGCUACGUUAAAGCAAGAAAAUGAUGCUUUAAAAUUCAAACUGGACGAUUUGUCGUGCAGAUAUUCUACGGCCCAGUCGAUUAUCGAAAACAGUCAAAUGCAUGAAAGAACGUCGAGACUGUCCGAAAUAGAGAGAUCCUUGUCACGAUUCGACGCUACGACUAUAAGCACAGUUAGUGAAUUAGGAGAAACGAUGUAUAAGACUAUAGACGAAGAAAUUCUUCAACAUCAACUAACAAAACGAAAACUCGAUGAGAAGAUGGAGUUGGAGAAGCUAUUGGUCGAGAAGGUUCGCGUUCUUGAAGAAGAUUUAACUAAAGCAAACAACGAAGUGGAACAAGUUAAUAUCGCGAAGAAGACACAUAGCAAUGUCGAGAGUGAUUCAACUCGACGUAUAGAGGACCAGCAGCGGGAAAUAGAGAGUCUAAAGCUGCUAAUGGAGCAGAAAGAAACGGAGAACGCUAGGUACAAAAAAGACUUAGCUGAAUUGACAGAAAAAAUGAAGAAGAAGGAAACGGAGUGCAAGAAACUGAAGGAUGGCUUGGCUCACGCUUGGGUACAGUGCGCCGAAUAUGAAGAAAGAUUGAACGAAAGUCUGGCGAUAAGUAAUAGUACUAAAGUUAAUACUUCAUUAAACAGCACGAUUUCUAAGCUCUUGGAAGAAAACCAGAGCUUGGAUGAUAAUGCAUUAGAUCAAAGUGCAGCAAGUCAGAAAAAAGUUUUAGAAUUUAAUAUUGUCGAUACAUCAAUGGAUAACAGUUACCUAAAGAACAAUGAGAACCUGUAUAAGGAGUUGCAACAAAUUUUAGAAGGCGAGUCGAGCUCGGACGGAAUAAAGUUAAAAUUAUCUCGUUAUUACACACUAUGCGAGAAAAUAGCUGCCGAGAAGACGCAAUUUUCGGCGGAAAAUACCACUGUGGAAAAGGAACAAGAUAGUGAGAACUCGCUGCAAAAAUCUGUGGAAAAAUUAUGGGAGGAGAAGAAAUUGUUAAGCCAAGAAAUCGAGGACUUGGUGAAUCAACAUAAGGAAAAACUGGAAUCUGUUAAAGCGGAUUCUGUCAAAGAAAUCAACAGGUUGCGUUCGUUGCUGCAGAAUUUCAAGGAUGGUAGUGCAAGCCUGAACGAUCUGAAAACCGAACUCGAAGCACGUCAUGCCAAAGAAAUGGAGGAAUUGAGGACAUACUUCGAACGGAAGUGCUUGCAGAUGGAAAAACAGUAUUCCGAAGAAAUUUUCAGCCAACAAUCAAAAAGGAUUUCCGACAAUGAUAGCGAAACUGAGGAGUUAACAGACGAUCUGUAUUUUGGUGGUGCUGGAGAUUGCUUGAACGUAUCAAACUCUCGAGCGGCGACACCUAGUGCCAUCGAAGAAUCCCUGAAGAACAAGAUUCUAGAUACUGAAAGCCAAGCACGUCUCGAGACGGAAUAUGAGGGUAGCAUCCAAGCGUUACGACAAGAAUUGGAAUACAAAGUGAAUGAAAUUCAGAAUAUUAAGGCUAAUUACGAGAAAGCGAUUGAAGAACAGAAAGAGUUAUACGAGAAUCAAAUUCGCGAUCUCGAAACGAAACUGGAGCAUGUAUUGAUUGUAUCCACUGUGAAUCAGUAUUGUCAGACAGAAUGGGAAGCAUUGGAAAAUGGUGAAUUGUCGAGUCUGCGUGAUGCAUAUAAUCGUCAACUAGAAGAGCAGAUUGCGCUAGCUAGACAGGACAUAGUCAACACUCUUCAAGAACAAAUUCAGGCACUAUUAUCCGUGGAAGCAGAUAAAGAAGAUAAUUGGCCUGCUGAAUUAUUAGAACUGCGAGAUAAAUUUACAUGCAAUGCUCAGAAAGAAAUCCAGGAAUUAAAAAAAAUGCAUGGUGUUGAAUUGGCUCGUCUGAAAGAUGAACACAAUUGUAUUGUAACACAAAUGCUUGAGCAACAUCAAAAGGAAAUUGUCAAUGUUAAGCAUACAGAUGAUAAAGGAGAAAUUAGUCGUGUUGGAGUGCCAUCAAAAAAUAUCUUAGAAGAGAGAAACAAUUUACGGGAGGCAUGUAUAACCCUUAAGAAUGUAAUUGAACAAUUGGAAAACUACUUUGCUGUCUGUGAAGAAGAAGUUAACAGUACUCUGAUUCAAGAAGUUCUGAGAAAACAAUUGACAGAAUUCGCUUAUAAUGAAGAAAAUUUAAACAAGAGCGGCAACAGUAUUUUAUCUGAAACGCCACAUAAAAAUAUGCCAAAUCAACAGAUCAAAAGAGUCCAUUUUGCUCCGCAAUUAAGUAAAAUAACUUCCAUUGUCAAUAGCGAUAAAACGUUACAGAAUUUAAUUGAUGAAGAUGUAAAUGAAAUAUUGAGAAAAGAGCUAAAAACUUGCUUGAGACGUUUGAAGUCUGAUAGUACACAAAUUCUCAACCUUUCCUCCUCGUCUGAUGGUGAGGACAAGAUUGCAUCAUCGUCAAACGAAAGUCUUUUAGCAAGCAAAAUUAAUGAAGAGCUUUCUUUGAAAGUUAAUCACGCUGAAGCCUUGAUAAUAAGCUACCAAGAAGAAAUAGAACAAUUAAAAUUACAUAUUUUAGAAUUGCAGCGUAAAUUGAUCAGCGCAGAAAACAAAAAAGAAGUUAUUACGGAAGGAUAUGGCGAAAGUGAUCUUUCUAGGGGCGAUAUUGUACUACAAGAUUUUUCGCAAGUACAAGAAAAAGUUAGACACGCAUUAUCUAAUGGAGGCGGCGAUAUAUCUUAUUUACUGCAAUUAAUAGAAGAGCUGUACAGGCAAAAUGACAAACAAAAGGACGAUGCAAGAAAAGAGAGAGAAGAUUUGCAACACCAGGUACCUUUAGAACCCACUCCUACCCCAUACAUUCACAGGGUUUGCUGCAAAAAGAUUGAUGUAGCGGACAAGCAGUUACGAGGGACGCGUCGGUUUUUGGAUGAGCAAGCGAGUGAGCGUGAGAUGGAGCGAGACGAAGCUGCGAAGCAAAUUCGUUUUUUGCAAGAACAACUCAAGGAACGCGAGCGCGACAAGGAAAGAGAUAUGCGUAUUAGUUCUGAGCAGUCUGAGCUAUCAUCUGAAAGAACUUCAAACAACCCUGAGCUUCAAACGACUGACAUCAAUGCAGCUGUGGAGGCUCUCGAAUCUCAGAUGAGAGAGAUGUCGUCAUUAAUGUCCGACACCGAGGCAAAGAGGUCGGAGAAGGAAAAUGAAUUGAAGGCUGCAGUAGACAAGAUAUGGAUCUUGCGAGAUAUCAUUACCGAUUUGGAGCAACAGCUACAAGUCAAGACUGAAAAAGAAGAGUCCUUGCAAACGCAAAUUAAUCAAUUGGAAACAGUGUUAACCGCGCAGACAAAGCAUCAGCAGGAGAUAGUUCAAGAGCUAGACGCUAUCAGAUCUGGUAGUGAGAACAGACACCUGAGUGAGCAGAUCAAUCAUUUACAAGAGGAAUUGAGUAAGCACAAAUUAAGUUCGGAGCACUUCAACGUCAAUUCAUCCGUUUUGAAGCAGAUGAAAGCUGAACUGCAUGAGAUGCAGAAUCAAUUAGACAAGAGAAUUCGAGAGAUGGAAUCUGCUCACAUGUGUGGUUCCAAUCUAAGUUUGAGUCAGCCGAGCGAGGACGUCUCGAUCAGAGAGCAAAUUGACGCGACGAGAUGUUUGACUCCGGACGAUCCAUCAUCGCCGCCGAUGCUACCGCUGGAUCAGGUACUCAAGCUGAAAGACAAAAUGUUGAAGCACGCGCGUGCAGAGGAGGUGGCCUUUAAGAGAAUCAAGGAUCUGGAGAUGCAGUUGACAACAAUGAAAAAUCAGAAUGAGGAAUUAUUAGUGGAACAGGAGAUCUUGCACCAGACAGCAUCCGAGCAAUUGUUCCAAAUUGAAGCGAUGCGCGGUCGUUUGGAGGAGCACAAACAGAGCGCACCUUUUGCUCAGAAACAAGCGACAUCCCGUUUAGAGUUGCAGUUGCACGAAGCUACCACAAAAUAUCAUUCCUUGGAACAAACUAUUACUGACAAGGAAAUGGAGUUGAAAGAAUUGAAAACUCAGCUUGACAGGGCUAAUCAGUUAUUGGCAGAGAAAGAAACAGAAAUGGAAAAUUUUAUGCAAUCAGAAAAUGGCGCGCUACAAAAGAUCGAGCGACUGAAAGAACAAUUGAAGAUCGUUCAAGAGGAAAAAAAGAUGUUACAGAUAAAAAUUGGAACACAGGAACAUACUCAACUGGAAUUGCCGCAAUUGAUCGACACCAUUCUGGCCGACAAAAACGAGGAGAUCGAUCAUCUAAAAGAGCAACUCUCUAAAAAGGAGAAACAAUUGAAUGUCUUUUCGUCACUUGCUUUGGAUGACGUGCAGUUGCGGGAGCUAACGAAGCAAGCGGAGGCCAAAAAUAGCGCGCGAACAUUAAGCGAUAUUCUCUCUAUUCACUCGGAGUGCGAAGAAUACCCUGAAGCUAUUCGAGCGACUAAUGCAACACUUGCGACAUCACAUAAUGUCUCUAGCUUUAAAGUUCCUACGUCCGUAUCGAAGAACACGUUACAGACAAACAGUCCUAACACUUUGGAAACACCAAUGCUCGAUAUAGAUAAGAUAGACGCGCAAGUACCACCGUUGGAUUUACAUUCCCAUACGCACAGUUACAGUAAUGGUAAUGUUGGUCACUCGGGAAUGGAGUUGCAACGUUCUGGAGAGGAUUCAAAAUUAUCAUCUCCCAAAAACAACGAUGUCAGCGAAGAUUCUCAGCAAGUUGAGGAAUUACUCAAUGAAAAAGUGAAAGAGAUCGAAAACUUGUCGAAUCAGCUGCAAGUAUUGCAACAAGAGCUGGACUUAAAGUCUGAUCUUUUGAAUAAAUUCGAGACUGAGUUGAUUACUUUGCAGAAACAGUAUCAGAACUUGCAGGACGAAUUUAAGGAGACUGUCGAUAACUUGGUGCGAGAUAAAAAUUUCUAUAGAGGACAGUACGAACUAGCCCAAGCGUCGGAAAGUAAAAUAAAAAAGGAUCUCGAGGAAGUAGAGAAUAUCCUGAAACUGAAGACGGAUGAGUUCGAAGAGUACAAAGAUAGGAUGCAGGUGAAUGAGAGAAUCAUCACGGAGUUAAAUACAGAAAAUACAAAGUUAAAGAGAGAGCUCGAAAUUAGAGAGAAGGAAAAGAUGAAAAAGAGCAACUCCUUGCUGCAGAAUAUGACGCAAGAACUGCAAAACUUCAAGGAGCUUAUUCUAGAUAAAGAUAUCGCAUUGGAAACUCUUCAGACGCGCAAUAUUGAGAUUGAGAAUGAGAACAAACAAUUAUACGAAUUUAAGACAAAGGUUCACGCGCGCGAGCGAGAGAUCGCCGAGUUGCAGGAUGAGAUCCUGCGGUUGACGGAUGGUUUGAACAAUCGGGAUCAGGUCAUCCGCAAAUUGGAAGAAAUGGCGAGGCGAAUGAGCGAUGUUUCAGGAACGUCUUCGCCAUCAUCUUCUAGCAACAAGGACCAAGAGAUUCAUCAUUUGCAAGAGUUUCUAAAAGAGAAAGAUAAAGUGAUCAGACAGAUGAGCGAUGAUAGCAAGAGUCUGCAUCGAGCAUUAGAGACCAUUCAAAGCAAGAUGAAGGAAUCGGGUAAUAUCGUGGAAUUGAGAAGAAAAUUGAAGGAAGAGCGCAGGCUGAACGAAGAGCUGAGAGAUACAGUGCAGAAAUUGCAAAAAGAAUUAGAGGAUCAACGUUCACAGGACGAUAGCGAUAUCGAGGAUAUGGUCCAGCGAGAACUGAAUCUUUCCGCUCGAUUGGAUAAGCAAAUUAUGCAAGUAAUUAAGGAUGACGAAGUCGUGGACGGAGUGACGGAGAAUCAGCAUCAAAAGACGAAUGAGGUAUGCAAGGACAACGAAUUACUGAGAAGACUAAAGGAUGAUUUAGAAAUUGAACGAGACAUAAUGAGACAUCAGCUCGCCGAAUAUGAAGAUCGUAUCCUACAAUUGAAGGCGGAUUUAACAGAGGAGAUGAAGAAAGUAGCGAAGCUGGACAAGGAACUUGCGUCAGAAAGGAACGUGGUGAAAUUCCUGAGAGGACAGAUAGAAGAACAUCGUCGGAUGACGGAAGUAGGUCGAGUACAGGACACUGGGUUAAUCGAGUUCUUGCAGACAAAGUUGAAAGCCUCUCUGGAAAACGAGGAAAGACUUCGUAAUGAUCUAGCGUCGAUGAGACAACAGCAGAUUAAUCUUGAUUCGCAGUUAACGUCUAUGAGGAAGUUGAUAGAAAUUGAAAACGCCAAUAAAAAUUUGUCGAGUUUUGCUAUUACACAAGAUGUAUCAAAGAGAACGAGCGAAAAUCUCGAAGAAAGUCGUGAGCACAAUACGGAACUACGAGAGAAUAUAAAGAAAUUGGAGAACGAGAUGAGUAAAUACGAGAAGAAAUUAGAGAUUGCAACGGAGGAACAAGAAAGACUAAUCAGCAGUCUGGCAUUAACCAACGGUCUAAAAGAAAUUGUAGAGACGGAUCUGCGGAGAACUAUGGAAGAGUUGAAAGCGCGAGAAGAGGACUGUAAUUAUUUGCAAAAACAGCUGAAGAUGUUGACCGAAAGCAAGAAACAAGAUCAACGAAACGCUGAACUGGACGAGAUCAAAGAAUUGCGUAGGGAAAUCAACAUUGCCCGGGAAAUUAGGUUGGAGCUAGAGACCGAUAUAAAUCGUGCAAAACAAGAACUGAAGGAAUCCUCAAAUCGGGAAUUGAAGCUUGCGCGCACCGUAGAGGCUUUGAAAGAACGAGAGACGGAGCUCGAUACAAAAUUAACAGUUUCAAAAGAAAAAGAAAGGAAACUUAAGGAUCUACUUGAGAAUGUCAAGGACGUCCCCGCGAAUUUCAUGCAGAAAAUUAAGGAGCUAAGUGAGACAAUUGAGAAAUACGCUGUCGAGAAAAGUAAUCUCGAGGAUAAAAUUGGCAAGAUGAGAACACAUAGAGAAAUGUUGUCGCAACGUGUAAAGUUGCUCGAGGGACAGCUGAAGAAAUUGAAAACUACACAGGCUUCGAACCAACAAAUGAUUCCUAUCGAGAGGUUACAAAGCUUCUACGGCAAAUAUCUACGAGUGGAGAGUAGACGGAGAGCAUUGGCCUAUCAGAAGAAGUACCUGCUCUGCGUCAUCGGCAGCUAUCAGUAUUGCGAAGAGAACACGCUAUGCGUGCUCGCGCAGUUAACUCAAGAUCAGCGCUCUUACACGCGAUUGCCUCACAACAGGAAGGUGCGUUUCAAAAUUGCCGUGUUCGUGAUAGUCAGUAUACAUAGGAUGAAAUGGUUGAUUCAACGCUGGCGAGUGGGGAAACGCGUGGGUGCUGAGGCUAUCAUGGGUGGUACCGAUCAAUUAAUUGAUUUACCGCCUGCCCGGAGAACUGCAUCGAAUCAUUCUCCACCCGUGAGAGAAAGAGCGACAAAUGGAGGUAGCAGUUUUUCGCUCGGGCAGUAUUACCAAGAAGUAAGAAAUUUCCAAGAAGCACUCGGCUCAGUUAUGGCAGAGUCUGGUACUAGUCAUAUUAUCUCAGAAUAACGUUAUAUGUAUAUUUUUAGACUUACAGAUCGUAGAAAUUUAGCUGUACAGUGUUAAUAUUAUGAAUAUCAUAUAAUUGUUCAAGUAGCAUACAAUACAGUUCGCGUUUUUUAAAAUAGUUUAUUAGUAAGUCCGUGGCUUCUUUUUUGUUUUAGAUUUUUGGACACAAGUAAAUACUUGACACGUGACUGAUUUUAAAUUUCUGAAUAUGUACAUUUGACUAACUUAAAACCUUAGUUAGAUUUUUCUAUUGAAUUAUAACACUUAAAAUUAAAAUUCUCUUAUUCAGCUUGAGACAUAUAUUUGUUCUUGAAACCGUACACUUUCGUAAUGUGAAACUGAAUUGCGAAGCUAUUUUAUCAUUUAUUAUGUUUUUCAUUUUUGAUAAACGCGCUCUGUAUUGUGUAACUAAAUUGCAAUCGUCGACGAUCGAUCUGCAUGGGAUUUCUAUUUCCGUUCGACUGCACGUUCUGCAUCCCUCUAAUUAUCAACAACUAAUGGUGAGAAUGUGAAUUUCGUCAGCUCGACCGGAAAUAAUUGAAGCUGGGCAUUUAUAUGGACUCUGUAAUAAACUGCCGGUUUUUAUAUAUUUUUAACUCAUUAUCAUUUUUCAUGUGAGACUUUGAUUGAUCCUAUUUUUCUCUUACUGAUCUUGAUGACGCAAUCUCGAAGCGUCAUUUGUGAAUUGCGAAAAACAUUAAUAAUAAGACGUUUAUUAAUAAAGUAAGAAGGAUGCGUGCAUGUGAAGUAGGUUUUAGCGUUGUAAGACACGAGAGAGGCUUUUAUCGGAUGUUAGCGAAGUAAAAGCAAUUUCUGCGAAAAUCAUAAUCGGCUUUAAGCCAGACGUUGCUUUUACGACGUAUUGUUAUUACGUAAGUUAUAUAGAUAUAUUGUAAGUAGUAUAAUAAAUAUGUGAACCUGCGUGCCUUGUACGUCGUAAAACGCGUUCAUUAUUUAUUUAUCAACUGAUUGUAAUAAGCUUUUUAUAUAUCGCAAGUUGCAUGUCGUUUUCCUGAUAUCUGUAAUAAAGAAUCAAUUUUUUUAA